AAACUGGCUUCAUUUUUGUUCGGCCUUCCCACUUUUUUCUCAUAGUUUUGCUUCCAAAGCACCACAACUGUUGUACAAGCAAGUGAAGGAGGAGAAAGAAAAUGUUAAGCCUAGCUGUGGGGUCAUCAGUUGCUGCAAUGAACAAGGUUUCCAUACAUCAUACUGUGAAUUAUGGUAAUGGUAGUGGGAAAUCUACAGCCACACAGUUCGGCUUUAUCAAGGGAUCACAACAACCACCCCCUCUCCUUUCUACUACUACCAAUAUUUCCUCCUCCUUUAAGACUGCCGUUGCCGCUGUUGAUUCCAACGAUCUCACUUCCUCUCCCACUCCUCCUGACAAGCAAGAAGCCAACAAGUACUACUUUGUUGUUGCCAACGCAAAAUUCAUGCUGGAUGAAGAGGAGCACUUCAAGGAGCUCUUGUUUGAGCGCCUUCGUAACUAUGGAGAGCGUAACAAGGAGCAGGACUUUUGGCUUGUGAUUGAACCCAAGUUCUUGGACAAAUUCCCCAACAUCACCAAAAGACUGAAGAGACCCGCUGUUGCUCUAGUUUCAACUAAUGGCACAUGGAUGACGUUUAUGAAAUUAAGGUUGGACCGUGUUCUAUCUGACAGCUAUGAAGCUGACACCCUAGAAGAAGCAUUAGCCUCGAAUCCUACUACUAUAGAGUUUGAGAAGCCAGAAAACUGGGUGGCACCAUAUCCAAAGUAUGAAUAUGGAUGGUGGGAGGCCUUCUUGCCUGCCGAAUCAAGAGAAUCAAAAGUAUAGAACAUUUUGCCUAGUUGAUUUUCUUCCGUCUUACCAAGAAGAAUUUUCAUUGUAUCUUAGAUAAUAGCAGUCUUACCAAGAAGGAUUUUCAUUGUAUCUUAGAUAAGAGCACCCUUAGCUGCUGGAAUCUGCAUGCAGCUUUAUGAGUUGGUAAGAUGGUCAAACUUGUUAAGAGCCUUGUAUGUUUGAAAGAUUUUGUAACUUGAUAUCUAUAAUUCAGCAAAGAAGUGUCUUUAAAAUA